CAAAAAAGGAGAGAGAAAAGAAGAGAGAGAGAGGUGGUACUCGACCUCUCCCAUCUCUCCGCUCCGAUCUCUCCCAUCUCUCCGCUCUCCUUUCCAUCCAGGUCAAGAAAGGAGGAGUUCGAAGGCGACAAGCGGCCAUCGGCGGCGACCGAAGUCGAACGGCUGGGAUCGGCGGGGAUCCGGGGCGCCUCAAGAGUUGGGCAUGGUGGAGAGCUUUUCUUGAGAGGAAGACAAAGGAAGCUUGAGUGCACAGAGCAAAUAAGAUAGAUUGCACUAGUAUAUUGUUUCUUUAUUUGUUAGAAUAUCUUUUCUCUGUGAGUGUGUCAAGAUAGUGUUCAAAAUUCAGCGGCCAGGAUCAGGGAGCGACUUACCCCAGGCUGGGGAGUUUGCUCCUUUCCCUGUGAAUCGGAGGAUGAAUUCUUCACAUGCUGUCGCAAUGGAUGACGACAUGGAAAAUGGAGUGGGGUCGUAUCAGGAGAGGCCAAGGACUUUUCCUUCCAUGCGGAGUAAAUCAUAUGUCCCUUGGAUUUUUCGGAUGUUUAUGGGAAUUAAUCCCCGUAUCGUAUUUGUUCUAUUGCUCUUGGCACUGGGAGCUGUAUUUUACAUUGGAGCCCGUAGUUCACCAAUUGUUGUCUUUGUGCUUUCUAUCUGUAUCAUCAGCUUCUUCUUUUCCAUCUACCUCGCAAAGUGGGUUCUUGCGAAGGAUGAGGGGCCUCCUGAAAUGGCUCAGAUAUCAGAUGCUAUACGAGAUGGGGCUGAAGGUUUUUUUAGGACACAGUAUGGAACCAUUUCCAAGAUGGCAAUUUUACUAGCCCUUGUGAUCCUCAGCAUAUAUCUAUUUCGUACUACUACUCCACAACAAGAGUCAUCUGGCCUAGGAAGGUUGACAUCUGCAUACAUUACAGUUGCUGCUUUUCUUCUAGGGGCUCUUUGUUCAGGUAUUGCUGGGUAUGUUGGGAUGUGGGUGUCAGUCCGUGCAAAUGUUAGAGUUUCAAGUGCUGCUAGACGUUCUGCAAGGGAGGCAUUGCAGAUUGCUGUACGUGCUGGUGGUUUCUCAGCCAUUGUUGUUGUUGGCAUGGCUGUAAUAGGUGUGGCAGUCUUAUAUGCAGCAUUUUACGUUUGGCUGGGGGUUGAUUCACCUGGUUCAAUGAAGGUUACAGACUUGCCUCUUCUCCUUGUUGGAUAUGGUUUUGGUGCCUCAUUUGUUGCCCUUUUCGCCCAAUUGGGUGGUGGAAUAUACACUAAAGCGGCUGAUGUUGGAGCUGAUCUUGUUGGGAAAGUGGAGCAGGGAAUACCUGAAGAUGAUCCUCGAAAUCCUGCUGUGAUUGCAGACCUGGUUGGUGAUAAUGUGGGUGACUGUGCUGCCCGUGGUGCUGAUCUUUUUGAGAGUAUAGCAGCAGAGAUAAUCAGUGCUAUGAUACUUGGAGGAACAAUGGCUCAACGCUGCAAAAUUGAAGAUCCAUCUGGAUUUAUCCUGUUUCCUCUUGUUGUCCAUUCUUUUGACUUGGUGGUAUCAUCACUUGGAAUACUCUCAAUUAGAGGCACCCGUGAAUCUGGACUCAUUGUUCCUGUAGAGGACCCAAUGAUGAUACUUCAGAAAGGCUACUCUGUGACAAUAUUUUUUGCUGUUUUAACUUUUGGUUUGUCUACCCGGUGGCUCCUUUACACUGAACAAGCACCUUCUGCAUGGCUCAAUUUUGCAUUAUGUGGCUUGGUUGGAAUCAUAACGGCAUAUGUUUUCGUUUGGAUAACGAAGUAUUACACUGAUUACAAGCAUGAGCCUGUCCGUGUAUUAGCUCUCUCAAGUGCCACAGGGCAUGGAACUAAUAUUAUUGCAGGAGUGAGUUUGGGACUAGAAUCAACAGCUCUCCCUGUUCUUGUGAUAAGCAUAGCAAUUAUUGCGGCUUUCUGGCUGGGGCAUACAUCAGGCUUGGUGGAUGAAACUGGGAAUCCAACUGGUGGUCUGUUUGGAACAGCUGUAGCAACAAUGGGCAUGCUUAGUACUGCUGCAUAUGUCCUCACGAUGGAUAUGUUUGGCCCUAUAGCCGACAAUGCAGGUGGAAUUGUAGAGAUGAGCCAGCAGCCAGAAAGCAUUCGAGAAAUCACUGAUGUUCUUGAUGCUGUUGGUAACACUACAAAAGCUACCACGAAAGGAUUUGCUAUUGGGUCUGCAGCACUUGCUUCCUUCCUUCUUUUCAGUGCAUAUAUGGAUGAAGUAGCUUCAUUUGCUCACGUUCCUUUUAAGCAGGUUGACAUAGCAGUCCCAGAGGUUUUUGUUGGCGGUUUAUUGGGUUCUAUGCUUAUAUUUGUUUUUAGUGCAUGGGCCUGUUCAGCUGUUGGCAAAACUGCUCAGGAGGUUGUUAAUGAAGUUAGACGCCAGUUUAUUGAGAGGCCAGGUAUAAUGGACUAUAAAGAAAAACCAGAUUAUGGCCGUUGUGUUGCCAUUGUGGCUUCAGCAUCCUUGCGGGAAAUGAUAAAGCCUGGUGCUCUGGCUAUUAUAUCACCUAUAGUGAUUGGACUCCUCUUCCGGAUAUUGGGACACUUUACCGGCCAAUCACUCCUUGGGGCAAAAGUUGUGGCCUCGAUGCUUAUGUUUGCGACAGUCGCUGGUAUCCUUAUGGCUCUCUUUCUGAACACUGCUGGUGGUGCCUGGGAUAAUGCCAAAAAGUAUAUAGAGACUGGUGCACUUGGAGGGAAAGGCAGUGAUUGUCACAAGGCAGCGGUUACUGGUGAUACAGUUGGUGAUCCAUUCAAAGACACUGCAGGGCCUUCACUCCACGUUCUUAUCAAAAUGCUUGCAACCAUUACAUUGGUGAUGGCCCCCGUCUUUUUGUGAGUGAUUUCCACCUUUGCGCAACUGAAUAUACAGCACCCCUUUCAGAUAGAUGGGGUGGGAGCUUUGUUGAUGGAUGAUUUUUCUUUAAAUGAAGAGACCAUGUUACUAAUAUUAUCCAAUGUGACAUCACUGCUGAUAUUUGUUUUUGUGCUUGGACUAAUAAUAUAUGCGUUUGGGGUGCAUAUUUUGGGUUUUAAA